GUGGGGAGUCCCAUCUUUGGACCAAGAGAGAAGAGAUGACAAUGGGCAGCUGGUUGUCUAAUUAAUAGCCAAAGAAAAAAAUAGGAAGGCACUUCCUACUUGGCUACUUGUCGGCAGUAGGGAAAAAAGAAGGAAUUCAGCCGCAGAAACAAUACACACCCCAGCUCUAGUUCGCAGGAGGCAAAAGGAUGGAGCUGGAAAGAAUUCAUCCGACAUCACUCAGCCGCAAGUAGCUCCGGGCAGAAAAAAUCCGAGCUGCUAGGAAGAAGAACCGAGCUCAAAAUACUCUGUGAAUUUAGAGCGGAGCAUUCAGCAUUCUCUGACAAUCAAAUUGAUGCAUUGGUGGACUCUCAUUUUAUACCGUGGUACAAGUAUCAGAUCAAUAACCGUGAGAUUGUGGACCCUUUGUUAGUAUCAUUAUCGUGGGGCCCUGGUGCCUACGCCAAAGUUUGGCGGUCAUAUGUGAUAAACGGUUACACCUAUCACACAGUCAGUUACGGACAGGGCCGACCAACAGUGAACUGCGGGUUAUGUGUCCCAACCAUCGGUUAUGAUAACUCGGAAACCAAUUUUUUUGGUGUCUUGCACGAGAUUCUCGAACUGGAAAUGCCUUCUGCUGGGAAAAAGUUGACAUGCGUUUUGUUCCGCUGCAAAUGGAUCGAUCCAACACGUGGUGUGUGAAAAAAUUCAAAGUAUAAUAUGAUUGACGUCAACCACUCUCGCGUGUAUACGAAAAAUGAGCCUUUUAUACUUGCUCAACAAGCAGCCCAGAUUUAUUAUGCAGAAUACCCUUCAACUAGGCGGACACAGAAUCCUUGGGUGUGUGCAUGUACUGUCCGUCCGAGCAAAAUUGUAUCACAAACUCAACACAAGGACGUUGAUUUAGAUGCUUUUCAGCAACAUUUUUUCCAACCUCCGCCGAUUGUUGAGACUGUCAACCAGCACAUUCAGCUAAGUGAUCCAAAUGGGGGAAGUGUUGAAGUCAUGCCAGAAAUGCACCUUCCGGACCUAACAACUCCAUCUGAGCGCGAAAUUGUUGAAAUGCAUGAAGAACAACAAAAUGCUCAAUAUCAGGAAGAAGGAGAAUGGAUAGACGGUUCUCAUACAGAAGAAGAUGUUGUAUAUGUAUAAAAUAAUGAUUGUGAUAGUGACUAAUUGUAUUGUUGUAUUACAAUUUUUUUGAGUUCGAAUAUUUGUGCUCUUUUCUUCAUUAUUAUUGUAGUCCAACAAUAUUUGAUUUUUU